UGUGAGUGAGAGAGCACAACCAUUCAGAUAGACUUCAGAGCAAGGCGGGUCAGCGCCUCAAACACCAAAAUGCCGAAAUCAUUUCUAGUGUGUAGGUUUCAAGGCAAGAAGAGACGCCAUUCAGAAACAAUCUCAGAGACGUCUGAGACUACAAACCAACUGUCUCACCCAGUGGUCACCCCCAAUGGCCAUUUUUCACCGGACAGGGAGGUCGCCAUACUUCGGACAGACGCCGCCGUCACUGAAGCCAAACGAGUCCGUUUGUCAGAAGACGCCUCCGUCGACUUGACCGUCACAGCCAGUGAACGCAUUAACGAUGACAUCACAAGUCACGAUAGCACACACCUCGACAACAGCAAAGGAUCGCCAUUCUCCUACAACAGCGAUUCCAGUGGCUACUCCUCAGGCUAUGCAUCCAAAGACAUUUCUGAUGUAUCGUCAUCGUUUAGUCACCCCAGUACGUUUGACCGUUCGGCGGCAAACACACCGACACCCGACUCGUCGGUUGUCAGUACAGUGUCUGAAGUAUCGUCCACACAGAUGGAACCCACAGUAACCCCACCCCCACGUGCCCCUUCUCCCUCCUUGUCCCGGGUGGAAGAGGUGCGUCCUGCCUUUACCACCCCGGAUGUAAAGACUGAGAUGUCUGCUACACCGGUGAGGAUGACCGCCCCAACUAGAAGUCUUCCUUCAGUUAUUCUUAGCUCGACUCCUAAAUCUGCUGCAGAGAGCAUUCCCAUCGCCUGCAGACGAGUGUUUCCAGUUCUGCACAUGCCAUGGAUGAGUAGUCCAAUACCUGGACGUCUGCCAUCCAGAUCUCGUUACGCCACCCUCACCCCACCCCCAACGCCGUCUCACGCCCCAUCUUCUGAGACAAGCUGGCAGUCGUCGAGCAACCCGCCCAGUCCUCGUACAGACAUGUUUAAACCACACAGUGAUGCAACUAAACCUUCAAUGGCAACAAGUAUGCCUGUGACCUCAGCUGGAUAUGUAUCUUCCCGCUACGCAGAGAACUCAAAGGAAAAUAUUGUCCCCAAAAUGCUCGAAAGGCCAUUGAACGUCGUUGCCGACGUACCAAGGACUCCUUUUGCCAGGCAACCGUUGCAGAACUUUACCAAUAACAAGUUUUACGCUCAGUCUUUGUCUUCGCUCCCAGUGCAAGGCGGUCGUAUACCAGUGCUACCCCAGGGUACGAAGGCUCUGCCCCUCACCAUGGCUCAUCUCCCCACCCAUGUGUCUUCCUUACCCCCAUAUGCAGUGAGGAAUAUGUGCCUCGGGGAUAAGACCAAUGUAUCCAUGUACCAUAGUGCAGUUCAACCGUGCUCAACCAUCACCUCUGAUCACCCCCGCGCAACGUGUCCACCUAGUCUAGAAAACGCCAUCCCACCGGUGAAGUAUCAGCCCAGGCCUCCCCCACCCCAGCCCCUGCGGCCUUGGGAGGAUACCAAUACAAAAGACACUUUCGCUAAACGUCCUGUCACCCCCCACCUUAUUGCUCAACCUAUGCCUUUAAUGACCAAACAUGACCCUAACGGAAGUGUAUCACCUCAACCUUUGAACUUUUCCAUGGAUCACCGCAAUAAUAUAACCAUGGCGAAUCCCUACAGAUCAACGACAUCUGAACUGAACACUCUUCCCAGGGAGAUGAAAUCCACUUCCCCAAUGUCGGCCCUGUCUGUGGUCACCGACAUAUCGCCCAAUGUGAAGUAUGAGGACGCUGAGAACCGCCUGACCCCCACCACUCCAGGCUCGUCCCCUAACAGCGGCAAGGAAGCCAAGUGGUCCCUGGUCUCCCUGCACGACCUUGAGAUGGCGUCCCGUGACGAACACCGAGAUGUCAAAAUGGCGCCUACGUUGUUGCUUCUCCUCAAGCAAGCAGGGCGUACAGACGUAGAAGUGAUCAAUGGCGGCUAUGGUAUCAAGAACCCAUCUUUCACUGAAGCGGACCUCGAGGACACCGUCAUCAAACAGAAAGCUGUGAUGACCGACAGCGGGAGAUACAUGUGCAAGGUCUGCCAGAAGGAGUUUGCGCUGCAGCGGCUGCUGAACCGCCAUGUGAAGAACCAUAGCGAGGUCAAACGGUACCUUUGUACGUUCUGUGGCAAGGGCUUCAACGACACCUUCGACCUGAAGCGACACACGAGAAUACAUACAGGUGUUAAGCCAUAUAAGUGUGAGAAGUGUGGCAAAGCUUUCACCCAGCGUUGCAGUCUCGAGUCCCACGCCAAGAAGGUGCACGGCUCCGAGCUGGCCUUCGCUUACAAGGAACGUCGGUGUAAGAUGUACGUCUGUGAAGACUGCGGACACACCACCGGUGACCCCGAGCUCCACUACGUUCACCUCAAGGACAACCACCCCAACUGCCCCGCCCUCGAGAAGUGCCACGAUAAACGUCAGUUUAAAUUCACUGAUGGAAAGAUCCCCAGUGCUCCAGUUCUCAAUCCAAUGAACUAAUGUCUUGCGGAAGAAUACUCCAGUUUCUAGUAGUGCUCGGACUGCUUCCAGUAGUCGCCAUUUGUUUUGUUACCGUUAUGUGUGACUGUUACUGUUCGUUCUUCUCCGUCUCGUCGCUCGACUGUUAUCGGAUGUAAAUAUUUGAACGCAUCUUUCUUGUCGGACUGAGUUUAUAGUCUCGACUAACUUUCAGAAUUGUACAAUUCGACUACCAUAUUUGGUAGGAAAUGUAUAUUUGAACAUGAAGUCAACCCGCCAUGUUAUUGCAUGCUGGGUACCAUCACUUUACAGCUUCAACAGUAUUGAACAGUACUGAGAUUCUCCAAACUUUACCUCGUCUUAGACAACCUAUAGUUUGUAAAUUGCUUUUUGACAAAUCCGAAACUAGUCAUUAGUGCAUUGUCAACUUGUCACUGUUGCAUUUUACAAGCUACCACACGCCGCUUUGAUGUCGUUCGCAUUAUGCCAAAGUUUACAAAGAAGUCGAUUUAUUUUGUGCAAUAUUUUUUCUUGAUUAGCCUCCGUCGCUGUGUUCUGUGUCUGCACUAUCCUAGCUAGUCUUCUACGAUCUUUGUAUCAUAUGUUCGUUAUUUAUUGAUUAAUGUCGGUGCUACAUCACUCAUUACAACCCAAGUUGUGCAAUAUUCCAUGAACAAGCUACGUUCCAUGCAUUCUGUUUGCAUUCACCACAAAUAAACAAAUCACAAUAAA